ACAUGACAUUGACAUUACAUUUGACAGUAGUAUUUUGAUGUCAAAUUUCCGAAUGAUGUGAGUGAUUGCGUAUGGCUUAUUAAAUGUAAUAUUUCGUGAAAUAAAAUCAUCAAACACAAUAAAUGGAAAAACAAUAAAUUAAAUAUAUUAGUGACAGUUUAAAUUGAUGUUCUAGUGGCUACAAUAAAUGGUUUCACCCAUAACACAAGAUCUAUCUUCGUUAAACAUUAAACAAUUUAACUACACUGAAGAUAAAAUAUAAAAAAUCGCAAUACGAGAAUGGCCAAAGCAUCGAUUGUAUUGAGCUUCCAUGAUAUAUUGCUUCAUCAAUCAGAUGUUGCACUUUUGGAUGGACCAUAUUGGUUGAAUGAUACUAUUAUAUCAUUCUAUUUUGAAUACUUAGAGAAAAAGAUAUUCAGGACUGCAAAAGAAUUGCUGUUUGUAUCACCAGAAGUGACUCAAUGUAUAAAGAUGGUUCAAACUGAAGAAAUCAAAACAUUUUUAGAACCUCUUGGAAUAAGUAGAAAGCAGUUUGUGUUUUUUCCUCUUAAUGACAAUGAUACACCGGAUGUAGCGGGUGGCUCACACUGGAGUCUCCUUGUUUAUUCAAAGCCAGAAGUUUCUUUUUUUCAUUUUGACUCUUCAUAUGUGACUAACCACAAUGCUGCUUGGGAUUUUGCCAGCCACCUAAUCCCAUAUUUAACUUCAAUCGGUAGCAUAAACUAUGUGGACAAAGAAUGUAUGCAGCAAGGCAAUGGCUAUGACUGCGGUGUCCACGUCAUAUGUAAUGCAGAGAGGGUUGCGGAGUGUGCGCACCAGACAGGACUCAUUGGCAACUGUGAUAUGCUUGUCAAGAUCAACCCCUCAGCAAAGAGAAAAGAAAUACUUAAAAUCAUACACAGUCUCAAAAAUUCGGAAUAAUCCUGCUUCUAAUAUUUUAUUGUGCUUGUUUAAUUUAUGAAGAUUAAUAUUAUUAUUAAAAUUUUAAUUAGUAACAUUA